AUGGUAUUCGGUAUUUCGUGUGAUGUUGUGAGUUGUUACAUGAAGACCUUUUGGACUUGGUACUCAGUCGAUGAAUACUCAGGUCCAAUUUGUCACGCUAGGCUAUAUGUGGCUACGCCACUGGUGUUAGAGUUGUUGGUCGACAAAGUAAUGGUGGCACCGCCGGAUUCCAGAAUGUCAAGCUUACCACCGGAUUACAGAAAGUUGCCAGUGGAAAAAGUCACUGUGCCAAGUUUUUCAUUGCCUGAAGAUCGCCACCUGUGUAAAGAUAAAUUCUUCAAGGACAGCAAACUGUGUACCAAGGCUUCUUUGCAGAUCCGGUUUCAUGAUUCUCGCUUUGUACUGUGUAAUUGGUCUUGGGUGGGAAAGCGUUGUUUGAGUUCUGUGGAAGAUCAGGGAGAUUGUCCGACAUGUUGGGCUUUUGUCGCAGCGGAAGCCAUUUCCGCUUUAUAUCAUAUCAAGUUCAACAAGGAGAAAUUUUUGUCAAAAAAACAUGUCAUUGAUGACUUGUUUACUGUAAUCAAGGAGCCAAAAGAAAUCCAAUACCAUAAAGCGACAGGAUGUUUCCCUAGUCAUUACAAUAAUUACUUUCAAUAUGCAAUUGAAAAAGGUGUUUAUCCUGAUAAGCCAUAUCCUUAUCUUGCUGAGAGGGGAGAAUGUCUUGAGCUACCUAAUGAGGAAAAAACCAAAAUUAAAGCGUAUAAAAAGGUUAAUGAUCUUGGUUUGGAUAAAAAAAGCAUUGAAGAGCUAAUCCAGAAGCAACCCAUUUGUGGAUCUGUAAAGUUGGCGAAGAACUUUCAGAAGCAUAAAGGAAAGGAUAUUUACAUGGGUCAAACAAAAGAAGAAAUUUACUCUGAAGCAAGUAAAAAUAAUCAAUCCAGAGGGCGCCAUGCAGUGUUAAUUAUUGGUUUCGGAAUUGAGAACGGCAUCGAGUAUUAUUUGAUAAAAAAUAGCUGGGGAGUAAAUUGGGGAUAUUUGGGUUAUGCUCGGGUUGAGAGAAGGCUCGUUACGAGCUUGUCUUUUCCAGUGCUUCAUGAGUAGAUAGUUCUUAUUCGCAGCUGGGAUAUGCUUUAAAGUCCAACUAUCUUUUAAUGUUGUUUUUGCUAAUGUUGUUGUUUCUUCACAAUUUUGACUUUGCAAUGAUGAAUUUGUUAUCUUUUUAUA